UUUCCAUCAGUGUCAGAAUUGUUGCGGGGGGUUGUUCGAAGACCACGAAUUGUGGAUGUACCCCCUAUGGUACCUUAGUGAAUUCAUCUAGACAUUAAAGCAGUAAGUUGGUUCAAAAAUCAGUUGGAGAGCUACAUAAAUAUGACCUCGGGCAGUCUGCUUCGCUAACACGUCAAAUUUCAACGCUCCAGUUCAGAGUUCUAUAAAAGUCUACUGAAAAUGAUGUCAAAGGGGUCAAAGUCUUGUGGGAACUCACGCAGGUUAAAAUAAUGAUGACAAAAGUGGUACCCAGUCAAAAAUUAACGCCGAGGGUUCCUGGCGAACGCGUCCAUGUGACGAGUUAGGAGCGAGAACGUGUUCUCGUGAGUGACCCGACAUGACUGAUCGGCGUCGAUUAGAAAGUAUGUCCUACAGAGGUACUAAAAUAUCAAAGAGCAGAUAUCUAUUACCAGAACAGCUGUGUGUGCUAAAGAUUUAUAGAAGCCUCAAAGGACUUUUAAGCGGUAUAGAGAUGUCAUAAAAUACAAUCUUAUAACUGCUAGUAUACAAUACGAGGUGGUAUCAAAACUCGCUCUGUUUACAAGAAAGUACUUUAUUUAUCUACGUUUCAACACCAUCACUUUUCAAAUAGUCCCCUUGCACAGUGUGGCAAAAUUGGUCACCGCCCCACUUCCUUCCCAUGAACCAUUUGCUCUCCUACACUGGUGCCGAAACCCAGGUAGGAAAGUAGGGCGGUGACCAGUUUUGACCCAGUCAGGUCUCCCACUCUCACUCCAACAUGGAACACUGAUUCGACAAAUCUUCAACAGGUUACCACACAGCAAUACAGCGCUCCCAGUGUUCUUCUGGAAGUCUCCAGCAUGUCAUGUUUGAAGCAUGUCAAGCACCUCCUGCGAUUCGCUCCAGAUCUCAGCAACAGUGUCCCCAGGUCUUCAUCUCCGGGAAGAGGGCGAAGUCAACAUCAGCCGAAUCUGGCGAGUAGGAUGCGUGUGGAAGUGAGAUCGUGUGGUUUGUUUUUCCGACGAUCAUAAUGCACGAGUUGACCAAUGGUUCCUCGGAGGUUGAGCUUGUCGAAGGUCUUCCUGAGUGGCGCCGUACGCCAAACGUACCUCACGUCAGAUGUCUAAGUAGCAGAUUUGCCCGGUUUCAUGUUGAAAUUCACAUUUGCUCUUGGCUCUAACUUGCCAUCUGUGAUUUCAUCGGGAACGGGAACGCACUUGGUCAGAACAGCACCGGUUACACCAUAAGUCUCCAAACGUUUUGAUCACCACCUCAUAAUUCAACAUUUUAAAUUCAUCCCCACAGUGGGAACGUUAUAUCGUUUCUGAAGGUUUGUGUUGUCUUUGAAAACCUGGUUUCAAGAUACCAUGGUGUGUAUUGAGAUUUCAUGAGCAGGUACAUUUUCCAUUGCAUAUCCAUCCAUAGCCUUCUAUUGCGCUUCAUUCUGCAUUUAAUUCAUCAGGUAAAAAAACUAAAUAAAAAUAAACAUAUUAUUGUGAAAUAAUUGUAGACUCCUUCUUUAUGAAAAUGUACCUGAUGUUUACUAAAACCUGCACACACUCAGAACCUUCAUUUCUCCACCUUUGUGAAAUUGUCUUGUUUUAUGUUAAAAGUCGAGAUUCCAACACAAUCUCAGAUUUAAGCCCAGGAUCUAUAAUAGGUUUUUAUGAAAUAUCAUUAAUGUUCAUAAAUUCAGAGGUUUAUCCAGUAGCAGCUCCUUAAAGGGAUGUCCUCACACAGCACUCACACUUCAUUAGAAUACUUUCCUCAUUUGGUCCACCUUGACCCUCUCUGUGCUUUUGUUCUGUUCAGAGUUGCCCACAGGGAGACUUACAUGGCCAUGUGGUCCAUCAGGAGGAGGAAGAGCCGAGUCCCGUUAUGGUGGAAGAAAACAGCCUACUGAACUGUUUUGUUUGGCUUCCAGGAUGUGAAUGCUGCUUUACUCUUUGGGUCCAAACACUGAAUACCAUUCCAUUUAGAGAGAGAGAGAGAGAGAGAGAGAGAGAGAGAGAGAAGCAUCUCUACACUUCACAAUAUGAAGUCUGAGGAAGAGGAAUGGUUCUUCUCCAGUUUCUCAUACAUCUCACAUUAAUUGAUAGUGUUUUUACAGACUUGGCUAAUCACAGUAACACUGAGGGAGAAGGUAUUGCAGAUGUUCUCAGAGUUUAUCAUGUUCCACACUGUAACUGUGGUGUAGAGCCGACGCUGUUUUAUUAGCAGUGUUAUUAUCAUUAGCCUUGUUUAAUUCUCCACUGUGUAGAUGUUGUGUGGAUGUAAGACCUCGCACCAAAUUACACUGCCAUAUAAAGUGAUUAUUAUGACCCUGUAAAAUCAGUCAGGUUUCUUUCCCAGGGUUCUCUCUUCCGUAGGGUUCUUUUUUAAAAAGUGUUCUCUCACAGGGUUCUCUCUUUUCCAGGGUUCUCUCUUUCACAGGGUUCACUCUUUUGUAGGGUUCUUUCUUACAAAGUGUUCCCUCACAGGGUUCUGUCUUACACAGGGUUCCCUUUUUCCACAAGGUUCUUUCUUUUCCAGGCUUCUGUCUUCCAGGGUUUUCUUCUUUCAUAGGGGUUGUUCUUCUCCAGGGAUCUCUCUUUCACAAGGGUUCUUUCUUACAAUGGGUUCUGUCUUUCAGAGGGUUCCCUUUUUUCCAGGGUUCUUUCUUUCAUAGUGUUCUCUCUUUUCUAGGGUUACCUCUUUUACUCAGUUCUAUUGUUUAUAAGUUUUUAUUUUAUUAUCAGGAUUCUCUCUAAUAGGGUUCUCUCUUUCACUGGGUUCUCUCUUUUCCAGGGUUGCAGGGGAAAAAAACUUGCAGAAAAAUCCUAACACUGUCUAUUGCAUUCCCUCUUAGGGUUCUUUGCUAGGGUUCUCUCUCAGCAUUCUCUUUCAGUAGUCUCUCACAAAGUGUUAUUUCAGGGUGCUUCCUAAAGGGUUCUUCUAAGUGUUCUCUCUCAACAUUCCCUGCCACGGUUUCUUUCUCAGGAUUUUCUCCCAGUGUUCUCUUUCAUGGAUCUCUCUUAGUGUUCUCUACCACUGUUUGUUACCAUGGUUCUUUCUCAGAAUUUUCUCCUAGGGUUCUCCCUCAGAGUUUACUCUAGGGUUCUUGUGAUCUCUAGUGCGAGCUCCAGUUUGUUUCAGUUGUCUAUAUUAGGUGUUGUGAGGAGUGCUGAGCUGUCACACAUCUCUGUCGCUGUUUAAUGUCUCAGGAAAGGUCAGAGAUACUUGAAAUGUCUUUGUCUUCAUUCGGUGUACACACUUUGACUUCGAUUUCACAGGAAAUGAGCUGAGCAGGUAAAAAGUGCUAACCGGAAAUUCUUUCAAACUCAGGAUUGAGAUGGAAUUACAGGUGGAAAAAAAUCAUCUCUGAGAGCAACGGAUCCAUAAGAACCCUCAGGAAGCUGGUCCCUCAGGAGGACCUUUACAGUCCUGACUCUGACCCAGGAAACAAUCCGAUUAGGAAUAUUUGGAAGGAGGUAAAGGAGGAGGAGAAGAUGGAAGAAAAGGAGGAGGGAGAGAGGCAGCAGCACCGUGUCAUGUAUCUUGGGUGGAAUUCAAACCCGGGGUGCUGAGCAGGCAGGGCAGGGGCUCGGCUUCGACUUCACACAGCCAUCAGACUACAGACGAACACGAACACAAAUACAUCUGAAGAAGGACGAGUCUGAAUGAAAGCUCCAAACCAUUAACAGAAAGGAGUGCUGAUUUUACUAGUGCAACAAAGAGUCAUAAAAAGUGGAGAAGAGCCACUAAUUUUAACUAUAAGCAAGAAUAAGAAGAAAUAUCACCUGGGAAGAACAUGGAGCACCUUCCACAGACGAAAGGCAAAGGACUUUUGAUGUUUGCGAGACGCCGCCAAAGGAUCGAUGAAAUUGCUGCAGAACACGAAGAGCUGAGGAGUAAAGGUAUACCGGUGGAAGCAUUCAUUGGGCCUGAGAUUGAUGAAUCCUCAAAACCCUGUCCUCAGGAGGACAUUCCUCCCGUCCAGCAAAAUGGACAAAUUAAGCAGCAACUAAAGUAUCACGAUCAUCAAACUCAACAGCAGAUCUUUCAGCAGCAAAGUCCUGGUUUAAAUGGUAUGGAUUCCUAUCAAGAUUCUUUAGCAACCAAACCCUUGGUGUCCAAUAGAACAGCUAGGCCUUUUCUGGGCGGUCUAAAUCAAUCCCCAACACAAUUUUCUCCUGUGAGAAGUGUCCAUAGUCCAACAAUAAGGAAAUCGGAAAAUAUUUUUAAAGUUCCUGUUCCAGUAAACACAAGCCCACAGGUGUGGUCACCCACAGGAGAUAUAAUUGCCUCUCGUGAUGAACGGAUCGCAGUACCAGCUAUCAAGACUGUAAUUCUGCCUGAAAUGAAAAGGAGAGGAGCAAAUAAAACCCACUCUAAAGAACUACCAGAGGAAGAUUACUUCAGUCUUGGUGCAGAGGCUUGCAAUUUCAUGCAAGCUCCAUUUAUCAGACAAAAACACCCUCCACCAGUCCUUCCCAAACCUACAUUAAACCCACAUUGUCCACCCUGGUCUGCAGAAGAAAAUGCCACUCCCAGUCCGCUUACACCAUCAAGUCCUCUUCCUGUUCAACAGCACUGGACUCCACCUCAACCUCAGCCAGCUACCAAACCCUGGGCUCCAUCACCAACUCAGCCGAUGCCGCAACAGCAUUUACCAACCAAAACUUUAGCUUCAUUUAAACCAACCUGGUCAUCAGAACCACAACAGACACACACCACUGCAACUCCCUUGCAAUCAAAGCUCCCAUGGACUAAAACCCAAACUGAUAGAAGUUCUGUAGUUUCCUGCCCUCCCCAGCGAGCAAGCUCUUAUGUCCGUCCAUCCAGAGCUCCACCAGUUUCUUCAAUCCCUGAAAUUGGAUCCAGCGAUGGUUCAGUCAUUAAGGGGAAAGGUGCAGAACUUUUUGCUAGGCGUCAGACUCGUAUGGAGAAGUUUAUAGUGGAUGCUGACACGGUCCAGGCCAACACGGUCAGAUCCCCCUCACCCACACUAUCCAUGCCAAGCACCUGGAAAUAUUCUUCUAUUAUCCGAGCCCCUCCUCCUGUCUCCUAUAACCCCACAGUGUCCCCCUUCUACCCUCUAGCAGCACAGAAGCAAACAAUUCCUAUGGCAAACUCAAAUAUAAAACCCAAAGCAAACAAGGAGAAACCAAAGACACCACUAAAGCAUCUCAGCGUUAUGGAUGUGAUGAAACAUCAGCCGUACCAGCUGGACUCAUCCCUCUUUACCUACAGCUCCAAUGCUGAAGCGAAGGGUUCAAGCCCAAAAACAUCCCCUCUUCCCCCAGGAGACCCCAAGCAAACCGUGGCCUACAGCUCCAGCUAUCUGCAAGCCUCAUCCCCAGUUCUAUCUCCUGGAAGUGUUCAGUCUUUUCAGCAUGGUGCUCAGGCCCAACCCAGUGGACCAGUCUACAGCCGGAGCCGCUCCAUGUCUCUGCCGAGAAGACACUCCUCCAUGUCCACUCUUUCUCCGGUGUCCAGUCCAGGCUUCCAUCCUGGCCAUGGUUGUGUGGACAGGCAGAUGUCCUGGGCUGAACAUUCUGCUGCUCCUCGGAGUCCCCUGUGCCUGCUUAGUGAAGACCUCGGCUCAGGAAACUUGCCGAGUUUCCAGUCCGCUGUGCACAGGAGGUCACUGCCGGAGGAGAAGCCGGUGGUUUAUGGUCCGCCGUUCAGACCGGCGCAACCUCUUCCAGUCUCCAACAGAUACCCCAUAACCUGCUCUCUUCCCAGGAAUUUCUCUCCUCACUCUGAGUAUUCCCAAACUCACCGAGUCAGCUGGAGGAUGUAGAGGCAUGUGACGCUGAGAUCCUCCUCAUGCUCAUCACCUUCACACAGCACACUCACAGAAACACUGAGGUAAUGAGUGAGGGAUGGAGAAAAAACAGAGAGUCGCGGUGCUCGAGCUGCUGCUGCUCAGGAAUUAUUAAAAAAAUGGUUUUAUUAACUUUAAAAGCACUAAGCACUCAUAUUUAGCAGGUGUUCAGCAUUCUGUGUAGCGUUUAGAGUAGAAAUCAAUGGAAACAGAUGUGAGACAUGUACUGUGCUAACAAUAACUUGCUGUUUUACACAAUCGUUUGAUCGUAUCUCUGCAUUAAGCUCCAUUUGUGUGGAUAUUUUAAAUUAAUCAAUAUCCAUGAUGUUCUACCCUCUAAACGAUGCCCCACCCACUAGCUUCUGCCCUCUGGAACCCACCCCUUGCUCCACCCCAUAGGUUCUGCUCUCUAAACUUUGUACCCUACCUACCAUAUAGGUUCUGCAAUUUAAACCCCACCCCCUGUACCACCCACUUUGUUCUUCCCUCUAAACUCCACCCCUUACUUUGUCAAGUUUUGACCUUUAAACCCCACCCCGACCCUAACCCCUAGGUUUUGCCCUCUAAAUUCUGCCCCUUGCUCCACCCAUUACCUUCUGCCUUCUUAACUCCACCCCCUGACCCACCAUUUCUCUCUAGCUGAAGGAGGGAAUUUACAUGACAGCUGAUUGAACACGUUUAGGAUAAACAGAUAAAGUGUUUGAAUGAUAAAGGUGAUUUUUGCUGUUCUGCUGUAACAUGAAGAAAGAAUGUUGAAGGUGUUGAAUAUGGAAUAUUUUUGCAGAAAGUUUCAGAAGUUUCCAGAAGUGACGUUUUAAGGUCUGGGUGACGUCAGUUGCGAUUUUUCCCUCGCUGUAGUUUUAGCGCGUGUUUUUUCACCGACUCACGAUAAACUUUAGUUAGAAUUGAAAAUGCCGAGGUCAUGUGAUCUGAAGCUCCUCCCACACAUCGCUGCUGGUUUGACGUUUUGCUGCAGAGUGGGCGUGUCCAAACAAAUAAAUGAUGUAACAACACAAUCAAUAAACAAACAAACAAACAAUUGCCACCA